UUAAUUUAACAGUUUUUUCUAUAAAUAAACCCUUAAAUUUCUUCAGAAUCUUGUGGUGGAGACAGUUCCAUUUUAACAAACCAGAACCAGAAGAACCAGAAGAAGAAGAAAGAAGAUCUCUGUCUUUCUCUCCAUCCCCCCGUAUACACCUCUUUCCCUGCAAACAUGGGGCUGUCAUUCACCAAGUUAUUUAGUAGGCUAUUUGCCAAGAAGGAGAUGAGAAUUCUUAUGGUAGGUCUAGAUGCGGCUGGUAAGACUACAAUAUUGUAUAAGCUCAAGUUGGGAGAGAUUGUUACCACCAUUCCUACUAUUGGUUUUAAUGUGGAGACUGUAGAGUACAAGAACAUCAGUUUCACUGUGUGGGAUGUUGGAGGUCAAGACAAGAUCCGACCCUUGUGGAGACAUUACUUCCAAAACACCCAAGGUCUUAUCUUCGUGGUUGACAGCAACGAUCGUGAUCGUGUGGUUGAAGCUAGAGAUGAACUGCAUAGGAUGUUGAAUGAGGAUGAGUUGAGAGAUGCUGUGCUUCUAGUGUUCGCUAACAAACAGGAUCUUCCAAAUGCAAUGAAUGCCGCUGAGAUCACUGAUAAGCUUGGUCUUCAUUCUCUUCGUCAACGACACUGGUACAUCCAGAGUACAUGUGCAACUUCAGGAGAAGGGUUGUAUGAAGGUCUUGACUGGCUCUCCAACAACAUUGCUAACAAGGCAUAGAAGUCUCAACAUUGAUAUUUUGGCCUAUGUUGGUUGAAUGUUGAAUUAUUUAGUAUUUUCAUCAUCAUAAUUGUCGUUACUGUAUGUGUCUUCUUGUUCGUAUAUUUCUCUCCCCCCUGUUAAUUGUUGAGAAAGGAAUUGUUCUUAAAACCUUUCUUAUGUGAAUGAUUUCUAUGUUACAGACUACAUUUGUUUCUCUUUAGAUCCAUAAUAAUUGCAGAGCAUAUUAAUCUUCUAA